AUGAAUUCAUACGCUGAGAGACUCGCCUCAUUCACGUCAUGGCCACAUGUGUGUCCAAGUGCCUCUACCGUAGCCCGUGCUGGCUUUCGCCGAGAAUACGACCCUACUUUUCCGUCCCCUGAUCUCACUCAGAAGAAGAAGCACCGGAAUCAGAAGACUCGCCAGCAAUAUACGAGAAGGUCUCUACAAGCCGUCACUCAGCAAGAGGAGGAACCAUUGCAGCAGGCAAAUGCGGAGAACACUGCGGAGAAAUCAAGCGACAAUAAGGCCACCAUCAGCAAGAACACGGCUCAGCUCUCCACAAUCCCACGUCAUAUGCUCUCCACGGUUCCACGUCAAAUCACCACUCAGCAGGCGGAGAACGACACUACAAUUUGGCCUGGUAUCUCUGCGUGCCUCAACAAUAUCACAUUGAUAUGGUAUAUCACUGGAAUGACGUCACAAGAGGAGGAUCUACUGCGACGAUCACAGCCAAUUGGAUCUCUUCAGGACGGAGUUCGGACGAUGCAUAUCUGGACGAAUUGA